AUGCGUCAUGCGCGACUGGUAUUGCUGAUAGUUGCGAUCGUGUUUGGCGGCGAUGAUGCCAGCGCGCUGAAUACCCGUGUCUUUGCCUCGGUGAGAGGCUCUUACACAGGCAACGACGCUGCUCGAGUCCCGCAGAUUCUGAGGAAUCAUAUCGCAUUCACAACGCCCAGUUCGCUCAACAGACGAGUCUACGGUGCAUCCGGUGGAUUCGGAGGCGUAACGUCGCUGCAUGAUGUUGAGUGCGCAGAAGGCGUCGAUGAUACCGGCGAAACUCGGAGAGUCAUCAAUCGCAUCGGCAUUCGUCGGCACCGCCUCUACGUCAUACGUGGUGCACCCGAAUUCAAAGCUACUAAUGAAGUUAGGAAGAAGAAAUCGCAGCCGAAACAACGAUCUGGAAGAAAUCGUACAUUAGAAGAGGUCAGUAAACAUAACAACUCCCCUAACAAGGAUCACACUGGUGCUAAAAAGGCCAAAUGUCUGGAUUUUCAAGGCAUAUGUACGACGGGUGAUGUCGUUCCUGCUGCGGAAAACAGCUUGAAAGCCGCUAAAGGGAGCAAUGCAGUUGCUGCAUUGUCUGUCCAUGGUGGCGAUGCAACCACCACUAAAGAAAAUGACGGGGGUAGACCUAGCGCUAACGCUUUGGGUGCGCAGGAAAAACGUGACGGUCUCUUGCAAACGAGGGAUAACGCAACUGUAGUUGAAGCAGAGUGGUCUGAUGACAGAGCGGAGGAAAAUGUGGAUGUGGUUCCCGAAAUCAUUGAGCCGUCCACAAAUACGCAGGAGGGCUCAAAAGCGAGAGAAGGUAAUGUCGCGGCAAUAUCUAAUCGCCGUUUGCAUGUGUUGAACUCGUUGUUCUCCGAUCAACAUAGGAUCAAAACUCGUGAGGUUGUUUCGGUGCUCUAUCAAAAGCUAGGUUCGCCGUAUGCAAAUAUAGCUUCUUUACGCGAUAUAAUUGCAAGCAGAGUGGGGAAUGCGAAUAACGCGCAUCGGGAAAGUUUGCAUUUUAACGAGGGUACCGACGUUGAACAUUCGGAGCAGCAUGUUUAUAGAUGUCAAGGUGAUAGCAAUGCUGUGAGCCAAAGUGACGGCUCAAAUAAUGUAAAUUCACUGUCUAAUAGAGAUGGAGGCGACAUUGUAAUGGGUUCUGCAAAAUCUCAGCAGAUUGGCCCUGGUACUGUCGAACAGCGCAAUGACCAACAGGCGACUGAGGACGGAAGGGCACAUGAAACUCGCGACAACCUUGAAGCCGCAAGCACCUCAUCUAUGUCAUCUAUACCACAUCCUAUAAAUGAUGUGCAAGUAUUGGCUAGUAAUGAACAGCUUAAUGCCCUACAAUCAAUGGUUCGUCGCAAACGCAUCUCGGCGAUCUUCUUACCUGUUGAUGGCAAAAUCCCCAAACCGGAGCAUGACAAAGUGGAACAACCUUCACAUCCAAAAUCGAAAAGCGAUGAUUGUGCUGGAUUCAUCGCAGGUGACAAUGUCGACAGUUCAGAGCACUGCGAGUUGUUCAAGAACAAUCUGCCGAAAGAAAAAGACGACCACCCCGUUUACGAUAUCGGAUCCACCAACGCGUGGGAUACAGAUGUCGGAAGCACUUCAACACCUGUAUUGGAAGCGUCAGUAUCUACGGACGAGUCUGACGUGCUAGGCAAUACACCACUAGAACAUACACUCAACGAUCUACCACAAUCAUCCAUGCAGGCCAUUCAAACGGCAUCUGAAUCAUCUGGAAUGACCAGAAGCAUCAUUCAAGACGGAUCUGAUAGAGCUGAUUACAUGUUUUAUCGUAGCAGGGAUGAUGUGGCUGUGAAUCUGGCGUCUGAAUACCACCAUGGUUUUGAUUGCCUGCUUCUAUCGGUUCCUACAAAAACUAAAAGGUCACAUAAGAAAAAGGAAUGCCAACAAAUCGAACUGAAUAAAGGUGGUCUUGGUGAAGCAGGAAAUUCAACGGUUGUGCAGGAAAGAAUGCCCAGCUCAACAUCUACCGUCGACGAUAUGCGGUUGAGCAACUCAGUCAACUCUCGUAAGGAGCCUGAACAAUCGAAUCAACACGAUACAAUCGGCUUUACCAUACCUGUAAACAUGUUCACGCUCCCACGCGGGUUUCUGGCAUCGCUGUACAAGACGUACCUGCGGCCUAGUCUCAUCUCCACACUAGAGUGCGCGUUCAAUACAAACCUUGAGGGGCCAUGUGGUGUCAUGGACUUACUAACUUUGGGGGUAGAUAUAACUAAACUCAUAUGUAAAUCGGUGGGUGAUAUCGACCGGAACACGCUGCGACAGCACCUUCGCAAUGUGGUGGUGCGAUCGAAUUUUUUUGAAGAUGACAUGAAAGACACCAUAUAUUACGAGGGUGAGGCAACCGAACUGCCGCGGAAGGUUCGUCACAAACUGGCUAAGAUUUUCAAAUUGGUAAAGGAUGAGGUUGUUUUACGUAACAGUGUCGAUUUGCUUACCACCUUGCUGGGUAGGCCGCCGACCAUUGGGGAAAUGGCUUUCUCGCUGGGCCACGAUGACCCCAGGAAACUUGAGAUGAGCCUCAGCAUUUUGACUUCAUACACGAAACAGUGUUUCGAGCUCUUCUCGAAAUCGCUGGGUGAUGUUGUGCUAAUGAAGUUGGAAUCCGAUGCUGGCUUCCGGAGGAAAUAUCCGCGGACUCCACUGACGCCUCUUGACCCACACAUGUGGAAAACUCACUCCAUAGUCAAAGAGAUGUUGUGGCAAAGGAUCUGCUCGAUCCAUUUGAAUACCUUGGCAGCGCACGGCGAAAAGGUUGUGGGCCAGCUCUAUGGGAUUUCCUGCAGCGCCGCCCGACACGACCUCCUCAAGGCGAAGCUCCCUGAACACCUGCCGAUCGGUACAUACCGUUUAGCCAAACGUGCGAAGGUGCUCUAUACCGAACUGUUCAUGCUGAAGAGUCGCAUAGCUUAUGAAGUACGGCGAGCUGCCGAGCUAGGGAUUCCAUUCAACAAGGACCCUUACAAGGACGACCACUUUGCCCAACGCGUAGUUGAGGUGGAGUUAGCCAACGUCAACACAAAAGAAGGCACCGCGGAAUCCGGAGCUAAAUCUGUACAAAUUGAGAGGCUCAUCGAGGAAGAGAUGAGCGCACGGCUAAAUGUUUCGAUGGACGCCAUACAAGAAGCCUUGGACGCUUCCAAAAUUCGCGAAAUAUCCGGGCCCAAGAUCGUGGCAUUCUCCGACAAGGCGAACCGUUUUAAACGUAAACGCGGACUGUACGUGGCCCAUUUACAAGAUUUCGACGAUUUCGGCGUACCCGAGGACCCCGAUACGACGCCAUUAAAGCCCUGGACGAUGGAAUAUAAGCGAGACAGCAUCCUGCGUAAAUCCCUGCGCAUGGUGGCCGUGGAAGCCCUGGAUGACCGUGCAGCGCGUUUCGUGUUCAUGGCUUACUUAAACCUCUUCCUUAACACGGUGUGGAACGCUGAAGAUUUGACAAGGGCCUUGGGUUUAUCCGGACCCGACGUUCUGGACCUCGUGUUCUACGCUGCUAGGGCGCAUUGCCAGGAAUACGAAUGUUGGCGCAUAAAGCUAAAGUUGCCACCUUACGUUAACGAGCUAUCAGCAUGCCCCGAGCUAGUCCCCAAGAUCGAGCUCCCCACGGGCAAGUUGCCACACCACAUCGCCUCCCCCAAACGCAGCAGACGGCCGCGCGGCGCUAAUUUUUCCAGGCCCGUUCACCCCGCGAUGAAGGACCGAUACAAGCGUAUGCGCAGCAUAAAGCCCCGUAUUGGUACCAUGAAGGACUCCCUAGCUCAGUACCACAAAAACUUCGCAGCGAUGCAAAAGGUGCUAGAGCAGAGUCCCCUGUAUUACUUGAGCGAUAUCCCUGACACUGUCAAGCUGGAUCCGGCGUAG